UCUUUCAUUGACCAUUGUCCUGCUCGAUUACUGUAUUUUGGUUCUCCUUUUCACACGGCACCCACCCAAUCGACUUCCAACUCCUCCAUUGGCAAUUAUACCACUCAUCAUGCAUUUCACCACCGUGCUUUACUACGGCCUGGCCGCGUUGGCCCUCACCCAUGCUGCUCCAAUCCUCGGAGACUCCUCCAGACGCGAAGUAGCCGAUGGGGAUGACCAGGUCGCCUAUACUUGGGCCGUACCGGAGAGUCGCAAACGAGAAGACGGGGACGAUAAGGUAGCCUAUACCUGGGCCGUACCGGAGACUCGGAAGAGGGAAGAUGGUGACGACAAAGUCGCAUAUACCUGGGCCGUGCCGGAGACUCGGAAGCGUGCAGAUGGUGAUGACAAGGUAGCCUAUACCUGGGCCGUGCCGGAGAGUCGCAAGCGAGAGGAUGGUGACGACAAAGUGGCCUACACCUGGGCCGUACCGGAGAGUCGCAAGCGGGAAGACGGCGACGAUAAGGUAGCCUAUACCUGGGCUGUGCCUGAAUAAAAGAAAGCGAAGCCCUCCAAAACUGAAAUGAAUUCUUCGACCCUGCCGAGGCGGACCGCAGCAGCUUUCGGCAUAUGUUCCACGAUGUGAUGAAUCCUCCUGUCUCUAAACUGAACCCGAGUUUAGUAUGUUGAUAAUGAUGUUCUAUAUACUUUGUUUAUUGUCGCGCCUUCGAUUCUUGUGCAACUUAGAUCGUUGUAUCGUUAUGAGAUCAUAGAACUAAAUUUGCCUUUUGCG